AUGUUCGACACCGAGAAUAAUUUAUACUACCAGCAGCGCCGCCUAGAAAACGAUCGCAUCUCACUAGAAAUAUUCGACAAAAUAUCUAACACACCCCACCCUACAGCCGAAAAUCCACUCCGCGCCCUGGAUGCACGCCAUAAACACGCACCCCGAACCAAUUCAAAUACAUGUCCUUCCCAGCCACCAUCCACACCACCUCAGAUUUCACAACUUACUACUACGGACCCCGUCGCGCCCAGCCCUCAGACUGCAUGUACGCCAUCCUCACCCCAAGACACGCACGAAUACGCCGGUACCAUCGCGUUAGAAACCACGAGUCGCAAGCACGCCAGCACGGAGCUGGCCAUUGUCAUCUUCCCCCAGUUUCACAGGACGUAUGUGGCGAGUCAUGCGAUCGGGUUGCUGUUGCUGUAUGUGCUGGAUCCGCCGGCCAAGGGAGGGUUGGGGCUGAGGAGGGUGGUGUGGAGGUGUCAUUGGUUGAGUGAGGCGUCGAGGAGGGUGGCGGAGAGGAUGGGGUUUGUGUUUGAGGGGGUUAUGAGGUGGGAGAGGGUGCUUGAGGGGGGGAGGGUGCGGGCGGAGGCGGAGGAGCUGGGGAGGAGGAAUGGGACGGGGGGGAAGGAGGGGGUGGGGAGGCAUAGUGUUGUGCUUUCUGUUGUUUGGGAUGAGUGGGAGGUGAAGAGGGGGAUGGUUGUGGAGCAGAUGGAAAGAAGGAAGUAAGUGUGGUGAGGGCAGAGUGGUAAUAGUUUCUGGCUGGCCAAUUGGUGGGUGGGAUGUUGUUUUGUGUGGCAAUGUCCUCGAUGAAGUCUCUAAUGUGAUGAGAGAAGUGGAGUUGGGCGCAUAAGUGGGAGGCAACUAGAAAAAUGAGCUCAUUUUAGUAGUUAGGC